AGAUACGAAGGUGAUCCGUACAACAUGGCACAGAGUAGUUGGAGUGGACGGCAGAAAAAAUGGAAGAACCGCAACUUCAAGAGCAGGGCCCAACUCUGCGAUCGAUUGGUGAUAGCAUGAAAGGGAAGAUCGUCUUGGUUACGGGAGCCAAUCGCGGGAUUGGAAAGGCGUUCGUCGAAUCAUUUCUGGAGCACGGCGCUUCAAAGGUCUACGCUGCUUCUCGCAGCAUUGAAUCCGUGAAACAAGCUUUCGGGGAGGAUCGAAUCUGCAGCAUAGAAGACAGCAAAGGCGAUCGGAGCACUAUCGAUGGUGGUUUUGUCGUUCCCAUCCGUUUGGAUAUGUCUGAUCCAGAGCUCAUCCGCGGUGUUGCAACGGUUGCAACCGACGUGGACAUCGUCAUCAACAAUGCGGGCGUGCUAACGCGCACGGGGCCACUCGAAGGAGAAAGCUCGAUCGAGAAUCUUCGGCACGAAAUGGAGGUGAACGUGUACGGGUUCAUGAGACUGGCUCAGGCUUUUGCGCCCGUGCUGGAACAGCGCAACGGAAAGGGGCUAUUUGUGCAGAUCAAUUCGGUAGCAUCCAUGCGGUGCGUUGCCCCAGAAGUAACCACCUAUAGCGCAAGCAAGGCAGCCUCCUUCUCCGUAACCCAGGCUCUGCGUCUGGAGCUGCAAGCCAGGGGCGUGCACGUGAUCAGCAUCCAUCCGGGCCCAAUAUUGACCGAUAUGAUCUCCGACUUGCCUGCUCUGGCUGCUGUUGCACCACCUGCCUCUAUCGUGGCCGAAAGUCUCAUCAACUCCAUUACAACUACCUCUCCUGGUAACCUCCCACCAUUUCUUAUAUUCCCAGAUAAUAAAGCUAAAGGUUUGGGCAAGGUGUAUCAAUCCUUUGCCAACAUUGUGAUCGAGAAGGGAAACGCUUACGGAGAAGAAUAAAAUCAGUGAUUUCUUUGCAAGAGAAUCUGCAAAUCAACACGUAUCAGUCUU